UCGUACGGACAGGCUGGUAAAGCACAGGUGUCCUUCAAAGAAAUAGUCACCUUUCCCUUAGGGUUGAAAGUACGCUCUUUUCCUUCUGGGCGUUCGUUCUUUCGCCAUGGCAAUCUUGGAUCUAUGGUCGCCGGUGCUGCUCUACUCGGUGGUGCUCUUCGCCGCGAUUUAUGGGAUCUCCUACCAGACGCUCUUCCGCAAAUGGAGGGGGAUCAAGCGCUACGAGGCGGCGAGCUGCGCGGUGUCGAUCAUCCACGGCACCACCAUCACGGCGCUGGCGGGAUACAACGCCUGGCAAUCGCCCUGGGAUCUGGCAGCCCCCAAUUCCGCGACCCAGAACAAGAUCCUCGAGUAUAGCACCGCGUACUUCCUCGUCGACCUCGCCCACUACCUCCUCGUCGCCCCGGGCGACUACCUCUUCAUCCUCCACCACAUUGCCACCUCCAGCUACAUGAUCUCUUGCAGGUACUUCGUCGGCCAUGGAGCUCUGUCCGCCAUGGCGAUGGUGGCCGUGGGCGAGGCCACCAGCCCCUUCCAAAAUAUCUGGACGAUCUGCCGUAUGGGUCGCGAUAUCUCCCCGGCCAUGAAGACGGUCUACGAGAGGCUCUCGCCGUUCUUCACUGUCAUCUUCACGGUGUUUCGCGUCGGGCUGGGACCUGUGCUGGUGUUCCGGAUCAGCAAGUUCUACUUGUCCGGGGCUGCCGAUGGAGUGAUUCCCAGGCUCCUGGUGCGGUGCUGGAUGGCGAAGUCGGCGCUGGCGCUCGUCGGGAGCUUGGUCUGGGUGUACAAGCUGUGGGCCGGAUUGAUCAAGUUCUAUGCGUCCAAGAAACCCGGGACGAAGAUCCGGAGAGCGGCGAAGUCUUUCGAGGUGGAGCGGAAGAAGCAGCUUCUCAACGACGAGGCCGUCAAGGAGAAUUGAUGGAGAGAUCUAGACGACGAUCUGACUUUGUGUACCAUUUUUUCUUGUGAUGUACUUUCCCUGUUAAUCAAUUUGUAAGUCUGGAGUCUGGAA